AGGCAGAGGCGAGCGUGUCCUCCCCUCUUGAAGCUGCCAGCGUCUCCAACCACCGAGGACCUGCUUUUCGCACCUCCAACACCCUCCUCCCUUCUUCCCUGUCACUCCCUCCCAGAGAGAGAGAAAAAGAAAAGGAGAGAGAAAGAUUCUGGAAUUUGAACCUCCCAGAAGAGGAAACAUACCCAGCAAACUCAGUUGAUUAAACAUCCAACAAACAAACGGAUCCUAAAUCUUCUGUGCAACUGGAAAGUCCUCCCGCAGGUCUUUUUCUGGAAUCCUGGGAAGCAGGUUAUGGGCAGGACUGCCUCUGGCCCACACCAUGAAGCCUGAGUCUGCUUCCGCUCUGCCCCGGGCCCUGCUCUGCGUGAGCACUCUGCUUCCAGCCGCCCUUCUCCCUGCAGCGCCCUGCUGCUAGGGGGUAAAACUUCAGGACUGGUCCUUGGCCCAUUUCUACCUUUCACCUGGCUCACCUCGCUGCUCGCUCCUCCUCCAUCACGGCACCCUGGACCCUAGCCCUGUCCCUGGCCUCCCUGGCUGGGGUGUUUCGGGGGCCAACGGGAGGAGUGCAUUGCUGAAGGCUUUCAUCCACCGGGCACCUUCUCCUCCUUGAAUCAAGGCCUCCGGAUCCACAUGGAUAGCUGAGAUCUUUUCUUGGAGAAAGUCGCUUGGCUCCUCACGCCAGACCCUCGCCGACCCACCUGAUUUUCCUCCUCUUCUGCUGCCCUGUCUUUUUCCUCUGCCUCUUUUGUGAAUUUUUUGCUUGAGUGCCCACUUGGGGCUGUCCUCUUCACUUUCCUCCUUCUUCACCCUCUCGAUAGUUGUGCUUGCAACUUCUUCCUCUGUGUGCUCUCUGUCCCCCCACCCAUCUCCUCUGCCCCUCUCCCUUCUCUGCAAAGAGGGGUCAUUCCCCGAGGGCUGUCCCCAGCUGUCUGAUCCCUGGGGCUCGGUCCUGGCAGCCACGAUGAGUUUCACCGUGCACUCAGUGUUCUUCACCCUGAAGGUUAGCGUGCUGCUGGGGUCCCUGCUGGGGCUCUGCCUGGGUCUCGAAUUCAUGGGCCUCCCCAACCAGUGGGCCCGCUACCUCCGCUGGGAUGCCAGCACGCGCAGUGACCUGAGCUUCCAGUUCAAGACCAACGUCUCCACAGGGCUGCUCCUCUACCUGGACGAUGGUGGCGUCUGCGACUUCCUCUGCCUCUCCCUGGUGGAUGGCCGCGUGCAGCUCCGCCUCAGCAUGGACUGUGCUGAGACUGCAGUGCUGUCCAACAAACAGGUGAAUGACAGCAGCUGGCACUUCCUCAUGGUGAGCCGUGACCACCUGCGUACGCUGCUGGUGCUGGAUGGUGAGGGCCAGUCUGGGGAGCUACAGCCCCAGCGGCCCUACAUGGAUGUGGUCAGUGACUUGUUCCUGGGUGGAGUCCCCGCAGACAUACGACCUUCUGCCCUGACCCUAGAGGGAGUACAGGCCAUGCCUGGAUUCAAGGGAUUCAUCCUGGAUCUCAAGUACGGCAACUCAGAGCCUCGGCUUCUGGGGAGCCAGGGUGUCCAGUUGGAUGCUGAGGGACCCUGCGGUGACCGUCCCUGUGAAAAUGGUGGGAUCUGCUUUCUCCUGGAUGGCCAUCCCACCUGUGACUGCUCUACCACCGGCUAUGGUGGCAAGCUCUGCUCAGAAGAUGUCAGUCAAGGUCCAGGCCUCUCCCACCUCAUGAUGAGUGAACAAGGUAGAAGUAAAGCUCGAGAGGAGAAUGUGGCCACUUUCCGAGGCUCAGAGUACCUGUGCUACGACCUGUCUCAGAACCCAAUCCAGAGCAGCAGCGAUGAAAUCACCCUCUCCUUUAAGACCUGGCAGCGGAACGGGCUCAUCCUGCACACGGGCAAGUCGGCUGACUACGUCAACCUGGCUCUGAAGGAUGGCGCGGUCUCCUUGGUCAUUAACCUGGGGUCCGGAGCCUUUGAGGCCAUUGUGGAGCCAGUGAAUGGAAAAUUCAAUGACAACGCCUGGCAUGAUGUCAAAGUGACACGCAACCUCCGGCAGGUGACAAUCUCUGUGGAUGGCAUCCUGACUACGACAGGCUACACUCAAGAGGACUACACCAUGCUGGGCUCAGAUGACUUCUUCUACGUGGGAGGAAGCCCCAGUACUGCUGACUUGCCAGGUUCACCUGUCAGCAACAACUUCAUGGGCUGCCUUAAAGAGGUUGUUUAUAAAAAUAAUGACAUCCGUCUGGAGCUGUCUCGCCUGGCCCGGAUUGGGGAUACCAAGAUGAAAAUCUAUGGGGAAGUUGUAUUCAAGUGUGAGAAUGUGGCCACACUGGAUCCCAUCAACUUUGAGACCCCAGAGGCUUAUAUAAGCUUGCCCAAGUGGAAUACCAAACGCAUGGGUUCCAUCUCCUUUGACUUCCGCACCACCGAGCCCAAUGGCCUGAUCCUCUUCACUCACGGCAAGCCCCAAGAGAGGAAGGAUGUUCGAAGCCAGAAGAACACCAAGGUGGACUUCUUUGCCGUGGAACUCCUGGAUGGCAACCUGUACCUGCUGCUUGACAUGGGCUCUGGCACCAUCAAAGUGAAAGCCACUCAGAAGAAAGCCAACGAUGGGGAAUGGUACCACGUGGACAUUCAGCGUGAUGGCAGAUCAGGUACCAUAUCAGUGAACAGCAGGCGCACGCCUUUUACCGCCAGUGGGGAGAGCGAGAUCCUGGAUCUGGAGGGGGACAUGUACCUGGGCGGGCUGCCAGAGAACCGUGCUGGCCUCAUCCUCCCCACUGAGCUCUGGACUGCCAUGCUCAACUACGGCUACGUGGGCUGCAUCCGCGACCUGUUCAUCGAUGGGCGCAGCAAGAACAUCCGGCAGCUGGCGGAGAUGCAGAACGCGGCGGGCGUCAAGUCCUCCUGUUCACGGAUGAGCGCUAAGCAGUGUGACAGCUACCCCUGCAAGAACAACGCUGUGUGCAAGGACGGCUGGAACCGCUUCAUCUGUGACUGUACGGGCACCGGCUAUUGGGGGAGAACCUGCGAAAGGGAGGCGUCCAUCCUGAGCUACGACGGCAGCAUGUACAUGAAGAUCAUCAUGCCCAUGGUCAUGCACACCGAGGCAGAGGAUGUGUCCUUCCGCUUCAUGUCCCAGCGGGCUUACGGGCUGCUCGUCGCUACCACCUCCAGGGACUCUGCCGACACCCUGCGUUUGGAGCUGGAUGGGGGACGCGUCAAGCUCAUGGUUAACCUAGGCAAAGGACCUGAGACCCUGUAUGCGGGGCAGAAGCUCAACGACAAUGAGUGGCACACUGUGCGAGUGGUGCGGAGAGGAAAGAGCCUUAAGUUAACAGUGGACGACGAUGUGGCCGAGGGUACAAUGCUGGGAGAUCACACCCGCUUGGAAUUCCACAACAUUGAAACUGGUAUCAUGACCGAGAAACGUUACAUCUCCGUUGUGCCCUCCAGUUUCAUCGGCCACUUGCAGAGCCUCAUGUUUAACGGCUUGCUCUACAUCGACUUAUGCAAAAAUGGCGACAUUGACUACUGUGAACUGAAGGCGCGUUUUGGGCUGAGGAACAUCAUUGCUGACCCUGUCACCUUCAAGACCAAGAGCAGCUACCUGAGCCUGGCCACCCUGCAGGCCUACACCUCCAUGCACCUCUUCUUCCAGUUCAAGACCACCUCAGCUGAUGGUUUUAUUCUCUUCAAUAGUGGUGAUGGCAAUGACUUCAUUGCAGUUGAGCUAGUCAAAGGGUACAUCCACUAUGUAUUUGACCUCGGAAAUGGCCCCAACGUGAUCAAAGGCAACAGUGACCGCCCCCUGAAUGACAACCAGUGGCACAACGUCGUCAUCACCCGGGACAACAGUAACACUCACAGCCUGAAAGUGGACACUAAGGUGGUCACUCAGGUUAUCAAUGGUGCCAAAAAUCUGGAUUUGAAAGGUGACCUCUACAUGGCAGGUCUGGCCCAAGGCAUGUACAGCAACCUCCCAAAGCUCGUGGCCUCCCGGGAUGGCUUCCAGGGCUGUCUGGCAUCCGUGGACUUGAACGGGCGCCUGCCGGACCUCAUCAAUGAUGCCCUCCACCGGAGCGGACAGAUCGAGCGCGGCUGUGAAGUUGCGUUGACCAAAGCUGACCUGCAAGGACCAAGUACCACCUGCCAGGAAGACUCGUGCGCCAACCAGGGGGUCUGCAUGCAGCAGUGGGAAGGCUUCACCUGUGACUGUUCCAUGACCUCAUAUUCUGGAAACCAGUGCAAUGAUCCUGGCGCUACCUACAUCUUCGGGAAGAGCGGAGGCCUCAUCCUCUACACUUGGCCGGCCAACGACAGACCCAGCACGCGCUCAGACCGCCUUGCUGUGGGCUUCAGCACCACUGUGAAGGAUGGCAUCUUGGUUCGCAUCGACAGCGCCCCAGGCCUCGGUGACUUCCUCCAGCUGCACAUAGAGCAGGGAAAAAUUGGAGUUGUCUUCAACAUUGGCACAGUGGACAUCUCCAUCAAAGAAGAGAGAACUCCUGUGAAUGAUGGCAAAUACCACGUGGUGCGCUUCACCAGGAAUGGUGGCAACGCCACACUCCAGGUGGACAACUGGCCAGUGAAUGAGCAUUACCCCACAGGCAACACUGAUAAUGAACGCUUCCAAAUGGUAAAACAGAAAAUCCCCUUCAAAUAUAACCGGCCCGUAGAGGAGUGGCUGCAGGAAAAAGGCCGGCAGUUAACCAUCUUCAACACCCAGGCGCAAAUAGCCAUUGGUGGAAAGGACAAAGGACGCCUCUUCCAAGGCCAGCUCUCUGGGCUCUAUUAUGAUGGUUUGAAAGUACUGAACAUGGCGGCUGAGAACAACCCCAAUAUUAAAAUCAAUGGAAGUGUCCGGCUGGUGGGAGAAGUCCCAUCAAUUCUGGGGACAACACAGACGACUGCCAUGCCACCAGAAAUGUCCACCACUGUCAUGGAAACCACCACCACCAUGGCUACCACCACAACCCGCAAGAAUCGCUCAACAGCCAGCAUUCAGCCAACAUCAGAUGACCUUGUAUCAUCUGCUGAAUGUUCAAGCGAUGACGAAGACUUUGUUGAAUGUGAACCGAGUACAGGAGGUGAAUUAGUUAUUCCUCUUCUUGUAGAAGACCCUUUAGCUACCUUUCCUAUUGCUACUCGUGCACCUUCCAUUACACUCCCCCCUACCUUCCGCCCCCUCCUCACCAUUAUUGAGACCACCAAAGAUUCCCUGUCCAUGACCUCUGAGGCGGGGUUACCUUGCUUGUCGGACCAAGGCAGCGAAGGUUGUGAUGAUGAUGGCUUGGUGAUAUCUGGGUAUGGCUCAGGGGAAACCUUUGACUCUAACCUGCCCCCUACUGAUGAUGAAGAUUUUUACACCACCUUCUCCUUGGUAACAGAUAAGAGUCUUUCCACUUCAAUCUUCGAAGGUGGCUACAAAGCACAUGCGCCCAAGUGGGAAUCCAAGGACUUUAGACCUAACAAAGUCUCCGAAACUAGUAGGACUACUACCACAUCUUUGUCCCCUGAGCUGAUCCGCUUCACAGCUUCCUCCUCGUCUGGGAUGGUGCCCAAAUUGCCAGCUGGCAAAAUGAAUAACCGUGAUCUCAAACCCCAGCCUGAUCUAGUCUUGCUUCCGUUGCCCACUGCCUAUGAGCUAGACAGCACCAAACUGAAGAACCCACUAAUUACUUCCCCCAUGUUCCGUAAUGUGCCCACAGCAAACCCCACGGAGCCGGGAGUCAGACGGGUUCCGGGGGCCUCAGAGGUGAUCCGGGAGUCGAGCAGUACAACAGGGAUGGUCGUCGGCAUUGUGGCUGCUGCCGCCCUCUGCAUCUUGAUCCUCCUGUACGCCAUGUACAAGUACAGGAACAGGGACGAGGGGUCCUAUCAAGUGGACGAGACGCGGAACUACAUCAGCAACUCGGCCCAGAGCAACGGCACGCUCCUCAAGGACAAGCAGCAGAGCUCGAAGAGCGGCCACAAGAAACAGAAAAACAAGGACAAGGAGUAUUAUGUGUAAACAAAGGACACCAUUAACAAUACCUGAAUUGACAACGCAGAAUUAUUUCUAUAUCAGUACGCACAUUUUUGGAAAAGGAGAUUUCGCAGAUGUCAGAACCAUGCUAACAAUGAGAUGGGGUCUGUACCAUGGCUACGGCGGGGAAAA